AUGUCUCCAUACCAAUUGGUGUUUGGAAAGGCUUGUCAUCUACCAGUGGAGCUUGAACAUAGAGCAUUCUGGGCUCUAAAGAUGUUGAACCUUGAUAAUCAAGCUGUUGGAGAAAGAAGAUUGUUACAACUAAAUGAGCUAGAAGAAUUCCAAACUCAAGCCUAUGAAAGUGCCAAGAUUUACAAGGAGAAAACAAAGAAAUGGCACGAUCAAAAGCUGGAAAAAAGAGAGUUUGUAGAAGGACAAAAGGUGUUGUUGUACAAUUCAAGGCUUAAGUUUUUCCCAGGGAAGUUAAAAUCAAGAUGGUUUGGACCCUUCACCAUAGUCAAGGCCUCCCCUUAUGGUCAUGUGGAGCUUAUGAAUGAAAAGACUCAGAGGACUUUCACUGUCAAUGGCCACAAACUUAAGCACUACUUGGGAGACUCACUAAAGGAGCAAAGGGUGAACUACAACCUCAGCUGA